UUUCUUAACAGUGUAAAAACGCAUAUUAUGGAAAAUGAAAUCUUGAAUAUGAUUCGGUUGUUUCUGAGAAAUUAAAUUGACCAUAUCAUCUGAAAAUACAGACACCAGACAAAAGGGGGAAUAAUAAUAUUAAGUACUAUUAUUAUUACAUGAAAGGAGUCUUUCUUUAGCCCCUCUUAACAGGAUCGAAGUUGGAGACGCCAAUGACGACGCCAGCAAUGACGGCGACCACAAGCCCACCGGCAACAAUGCUUAGCAAGAAGUUCUUCAGAGACGGCGAGAUACUGUCAGCCGCUUCAGCCACCCCCGGAGUCACCAAGGAUGCCGUCAGUGCGGCUGCCGUCAGUCCGGUAACAGCCUUGUCUUUGAGCGACGCUCUCACUUCGAAAUUCCCGGCUGGUUUUGACGCCGCGAUCGGCUUAGAUUGUCUCGCCGGCGACAUCGGCUUCAAGAAGGAACCAACGGCGGCCGCGGUUGGCUGCCGCUUGAGGGCCGCAACUGUCAGUGGGGGCAUCACCAUGGAAACUGCACAAGUAGAGGCCAUUUAUUUGCGGUUCGAUCACUUGGCUAUCUCUGCUCUAUUUCGUUUAUUUGGUGGAUGUUUAGAGAAGUUCAGCGAUAUGAUUUUGAUAGGAGAGAGAGGGGGAUUGAGUGGGAAAUUAAAUGAGUGGUGGAAAAUGCAUAGAGCCCAAAGGAUUUCCUAUCUUCAGUCCUACCUGGCAUCUUCUAAACAUGGCACGGUGGAUAGGGUUAUCCUUCGCUUCUUCUAAUUGGAAAAUUCUAAAAUUCUUCUAAUUUUAAAAUGUUUUUAUUCUCUAUAUAUGAGUAAUUACUUUUAUAUAAUUAAAGAUAUUCAAAAAGCCUCCAUAUAUAAUUAAAAAUUAACACAUCCAAACCGAAUCAAACCGAACCGAACCAAACCGGAAAAUAGUAUGGUUUUUGUUUAGUAAUAAUUCUUCCAACCCGUUCCAUCAUGAACCGAAUCAAAAUCGAAAAAAAUCGAAC